UAUACGUUAGUCAAACCUGAACAAGAGUUUCCCAGCAUCCAAGGAAGAGGUGGAAAAAAAGCCGAUAUAUACCGUUUCGGUGCUCUUAUGUUUUCUCUACUGAAUGGAGUCAUUGCUUCUGGAGAUAAAAUCGAUCCAACAGUGAUCACUCAGCCUGAUCUCCAGGAUUUUUUAUUAAAGUGCCUUACUAAUGACGAACGAAAGCGAUGGUCCGCUGAACAAUUAUUACAGCACACCUUCAUUAAAGCACCUUUAGUUCGUGCUCUCUCGCCACCGAAAGUACCACGCAGAGAUGAACAGAAAAACCACGAACCCGAAGAAACAGACACGGACAUUCGGCAAUACCUACCGCCUUUGGGUGGCCACUCAAGAAUUACAAAUGAAUUCGAAGUUCUCGAAUGGCUCGGCAAAGGUGCUUUUGGCGAUGUUCUUAAAGUAAAAAAUAAAUUGGAUGGUGGAAUUUACGCUAUUAAAAGAAUAGAACUUAAUCCAAAGAACAAGCAACUCAAUAGAAAAAUCACCAGGGAAGUCAAAUUAUUGUCACGCAUGAAUCACGAAAAUGUUGUGCGAUAUUAUAAUUCCUGGAUCGAAAGCGCUACAAUAACCGACGAAGUUGAAGAGAAAUAUACGACACCUUUAGCAAAGAAAAGUCAGGAUUUGCUUAAUCAUUUAGCUACGGAUGAUAUCGAAAAAUUGGCACCACCGUUGCAAGAUGUCGAAUGGAAUGUUUCAUAUAAAUCUCGAACGAAUACAACCCUUCCGCCAGAUAGCGACGAGGACAACAGCGAUGCAUCCAGUGAUACCGACAGUGACGAAGAUUGUGCGUUUUUGAUGCGAAACUUUUUGAGAAUCGAUUCCUCCGAUAGUAUAGAGUUUGAAAAGGAUUCAAAUUGUCAAGAAACCGUGUCAAGUGUAAAAGAAGAUGAGACUGGGGAUACGUAUUCAUCUAAGGCAACAGUAAGAGAGAUACAAUUCAUGUACAUUCAAAUGGAAUUCUGUGAAAAGAGCACUCUACGUACAGCGAUUGAUGCAGGCCUUUACGAAGAUCAAGAAAGAGUGUGGAGGUUAUUCCGAGAAAUUGUUGAAGGUCUAGCGCAUAUUCAUCAACAGGGAAUGAUACAUAGAGACUUAAAACCAGUCAACAUAUUUUUAGACAGUAACGAUCAUGUAAAAAUUGGAGAUUUUGGCCUGGCUACUACAAAUAUAUUGUCUUCAUUUGUGCAAACUAUGGAAACCGAUAAAGAGUCUCAAGUUUUCGAAAAAGGGAUCAGCUUUGGCACAGAAGACGUAGGUUCUCUAACAGGGCAAGUAGGCACAGCACUUUAUGUAGCUCCUGAACUUACAACGAAAGCUGCGAAAGCCAUUUACAAUCAAAAAGUUGAUAUUUAUAGUCUUGGAAUAAUACUAUUCGAAAUGUGUUACAAACCACUAACAACAGGAAUGGAGCGCAUCAAGGUUUUACUUAAUCUACGGUCGAAAGAAAUCAUAAUUCCAACAGAAAUGCUACAGACAGACAUGCCACUACAAAUCCAUAUCUUACGGUGGCUAUUGAAUCACGAUCCCAGUCAACGACCCACAGCUCAAGAACUUCUCUCCUCGCAAUAUCUACCACCUCUUCGACUCGAAGAAACGGAAUUGCAAGAAAUGAUUCGGCGCACACUUUCAAACAACCAAACCAAAGCAUACAAAUAUUUAAUUUCUUGCUGUUUCACUCAAGAAGUCACACCUGCGGACGAUAUUACUUACGACAUGAAUCUACCUAGUAGAGGACAUAUCAAUUUUUUUUCUUGGAAAAAGUAUCAAGAUGGAGUGAAGUGCAAAGUAAUAGAGGUUUUUCAAAGACACGGUGGAGUUUGUCUCGAAACGCCACUUCUGAUGCCAAAAUCACGUCAGUCCUGUGGCUUUUCAGAUUCUAAUGUAAAAUUAAUGACACGUAAUGGAAAUAUUGUUUACAUUCCUCAUGAUCUACGUGCCCCAUUUGCAAGAUACAUUGUGUGGAAUAAUGUUCUCCAUAUCAGAAGAUAUGCUAUUGAAAGAGUCUUUAGAGAAAAGAAGGUUCUGGGUUUUCAUCCCAGAGAAUUUUACGAAUGCGCAUUUGACAUCAUAAGUCCUACUGCCAAUAAUCUGUUAAUGGAAGCUGAAUUAAUAUACAUCGUAUGGGAAGUCAUCAACGAAUUACCCCAAUUACAAGAACGAAAUUUCACUAUUCGUCUGAACCAUACUUCUUUAUUGAAAGCAGUGUUAAUGUACUGUGGUAUCGACCAAGAAAAAUAUCAAGACAUUUAUUCAAUUCUUCGAGACGCGCGUGACGGAAAAUUUUCGAGAUUUCAAAUACAAACGCACUUGAUAAGUUUGUGCCUGACUGACCAGGCUAUGGAGACAUUAUUCAAUUUAUUCGAAACUGAAAGCUCUAUUGCGAAAAUUCAGAGUGUUUUGAAAACAAUUACAAAGAGAAAAGGUGAUGCUGCCGUAUUGGCUAAAGAAGGACUGAAAGAAAUUGAAAUUGUAAUGGAGAAUAUCGAAACGCUAGGUGUGAAGUGGCCAGUAGUAGUGGUACCUCUUCUAGUGCAUAAUAUCAACCAACACAGUGGUACAAUUUAUCAAAUAACUUGUGAAGUGAAACGGCGUAGGAGAAAAUGUGGAGAAGAGGUAAUAGCAGCAGGAGGUCGUUACGACAAAAUGAUAUCGUCUUUCAGGAAAAUACUUGAACGCACAGGGAUGGCCAACAAAGAGACCAAGCAAUACGGUGCUGGUAUCAGUAUCUCACUGGAGAAACUUGUCUCCGCUGUCUUGGAAACAUCAGAAUCUUUAGAAAGUAAAUAUGGCAUCGAUGUGGCAAUUUCUUGCCUGGGUAACCCUCAUCGAGAAAAAGAAAUGAUUGACCUUCUGAAAGAAUUCUGGACUUUCGGGUUGAAAGUCACUAUUCUGGAUUUGGUAUCUGUCGAAGAAAUCCUCGAACAUUGUCGAGAACAUUCGAUCAACCAAGUAGUAAUUUUGAAAGCCGGAGAAAAAGGAGCUGUUAGAAUUCAGAGUUGGGAACGCGACAGAUUUCAAGAAAAGAAAAUGACCAAUCAAGAAGUUGGAGAGUUUCUUCAAAGAUUGGACAACUCCAUGCCCAUCCUAAACAGAUCCGAAAGUAAAACAACGACAAAUGAUAAUUUUUUGAGCAGUAACAAUCCAGUUAACAUUAAUAUUAACUUUAUUUUGUCCGAGCGAGACAAACUUUCGGGUAGCUCGAGAAGAAGCUUGAAGAAUAGUAUGCUUGCACAGAUGUCUACAUAUUUUCAAAGAAUCGCGCAUAAAAUUCCAAUUGAAAUUUUCGCAGUCUUUUUGGAAAUGAGCGUAAUUAAAACAAUUAUAAGUUUUUUGGAUAUCGAUGAGGAGAAUCAAGAUUUUCUUAAAAGCAUACAAGUCAUUAUUGAUAAGCAUCCAAGACACAAGAAGUACAUAAAAGAAAUAUGUGAAGAAAUGCGGGAGGCAAGGAGAGAAAAACUACGUCCUGUACUGAUAUUAUAUAGUGUGAUCGAUAGCCAAUACAUGACUCUUUUAUAAAUAAUUUGUCUUUCUACAAAAAUGCAUAAAGGAGUUACAAUAAACGUGUAAUUUGUAACAUAAAUAAGUGAUUAAUAAUAAAAUGAAUUUGUUUUUUUACAUUAAAUAACUACUUUUCAGAAAAUUGUCUUCGAGCUAUAAAGUCACCUGCUGAUGCUUCGGAUGCAAAGUUGUUUAA